CCCAGCUGAGCGCGCAUGGCCGCCCGGAGCGCUCUCCUCGCCGCCGGCGCCGCAGCACUGGUCGCCGUCGCGGCCGUCUUCCUCCUGCCUGACCCCUCUUCCCGCCUCCCAUGUACGCCUCCCCUCCUCCUCCCUCCUCUGUUUUCCCGCGGAGGGAAGCUCAGCUCGUCCCCUCCCUUGGCAGGGCCGCAGCAGCGGAGACGCUUCGCCGACAUGAUUCUGGCCAACGCAACCAUCUACACCGCCGACCCCGCCCGCCCCUUCGCCGCCGCCAUGGCCGUCCGCGCCGGCCGCGUGCUCCGCGUCGGCACCUACGACUCCCUCAAGGAAUUCAGGGGCCGGCACACCAAAGAGUUGAACCUCAGUGGCAAUGUGGUGCUCCCGGGAUUCAUCGACUCUCAUGUGCACCUAAUCGACGGCGGCCUGCAGCUGGCGAGGGUGCCGCUUCGAGGGGUCAGGAGCAAAGACGAGUUCAUCAGCAGGGUGAAGGGAGCCGUCAGAGAUAAACAUCCUGGCGAGUGGGUACGCGGAGGAGGUUGGAACAACGAUUUCUGGGGCGGCGAUUUGCCCACUGCUGCUUGGUUAGACGAUAUAUCUCCUGAUAAUCCAGUAUGGCUCUCACGCAUGGAUGGUCACAUGGGAUUAGCCAAUUCACUAGCCAUGAAGAUUGCUGGGAUUGACAAAAACACAAAUGAUCCAGUCGGCGGAACUAUUGUAAGAACGACAGAAAGAGAGCCCACUGGUCUACUAGUUGAUGCUGCUAUGAAGCUUGUAUUUAAUGUGAUUCCAGAAGUAUUUGUAAAUGAUAGAAGAGAGGCUCUCCUUAGAGCAAGUAGACACGCCCUAAUGAGAGGGGUGACUACUAUUGUUGAUGUGGGAAGCUAUUUCCCUGGGACCUCAGAAAACCAAACUUGGCAAGAUUUUUCAGAUGUCUAUGAAUGGGCUCAUUCUAUGGGAAAGAUGAUGAUCAGAGUCUGCUUAUUCUUCCCAAUGCCUACAUGGUCUCGUGCUGCUGAUCUUAUUCAUGAAAGAGGUCGAUCUUUAAGCGGGUGGAUUCAUCUAGGUGGAGUGAAAGCUUUUCUUGAUGGUUCUUUGGGUUCCUCAAGUGCGUUGUUCUAUGAGCCUUAUGAGGAUGCUCCUGGCGAUUAUGGUCUCCAAUUGUUAGAUAUGGAUAUUCUGCUCAAUGCAACAUUGGAAUCAGACAAAUCAGGACUUCAGGUUGCCAUACAUGCAAUUGGAGAUAAAGCGAUCGAUAUGCUGCUAGAUAUGUUCGACAAGGUUGUUAGCUUGAAUGGAACGAAGGACCGUAGGUUCCGGAUUGAGCAUGCCCAGCAUCUAUCCCCAGGUGCAGCAAACCGCUUCGGAGAGCAUGGUAUCAUCGCAUCUGUGCAGCCAGAUCAUUUGUUGGAUGAUGCCGACUCUGCUGGAAAGAAGAUCGGGAUAGAACGAGCUGAGCGGAGCUCCUACUUGUUUCGAUCACUACUGGCUGGUGGCGCGCAUCUGGCUUUUGGCUCUGAUUGGCCCGUUUCAGAUAUUUACCCCUUACAAGCCAUCAGAACCGCGAUGUCCCGGCAGCUGCCUGGAUGGGGGGCGCCCUGGAUCGCCACGGAGCGCUUGUCCCUAGAUGAUUCCUUGAAAGCGCACACGAUAUCUGCGGCCUACGCCUGCUUCCUGGACCAUGUCGUGGGCAGCCUCGCCGAAGGGAAGUACGCCGACUUCGUGGUCCUGCCGUCAACCUCAUGGAGCGAGUUCGCUGACGAUAUCCCUGACCACGUCCUGGCGACCUACGUGAACGGCAAGCAGGCCUAUCCGUAGCCCCGUUCGCUGUGACGGCGCUAGGGCCGGUCCGGAUUCAGAUAAAAGACACGUACGUAAAUUAGCACCAACCAUUGUUGGCUGUUGGUUAAUUCUGGAACUACUUACAAUCAUAGUACCAAUAUUAUUUAUUGAUAUUGUUGUCAUAGCACCAAUAUUUUUUUGUACAUACAUACAUUACGAACCGAAAGCUUUAUGGGUAGCAGAGCUGCAGACUGGUGGUGUGAUGAUGCACCCCAAUUUUAAA